GGACCUCGAAUUGCCGGAGAUCCGCUGGAGUUCAUAGCCGUGCAACAGCCAACUAGCAUUUUGCCCGCUCAGGAUCAAUCACACUCGGUCACACGACUUCCAAACAUCGUACAAGCCGAAGAAUUAUAUCCCCAAGUUGUUUGGCUAAGUUGUGAAACAGAUUCAAAUCCCAAGGCCACUGUCACCUGGUACCAAAUUCGACCCAAUCGCCCGCCACACUUGCACGGACACGGGCACAGAGUAGCUGUUAGACUGUACCGGAACAAUAUGCCCCCUCGGUUGGAUCGAAAAAUGCGACCGUUACAGCCAAACAGACAAAUGGCACGGGGGACCACUCCCGCCACGUUUGCUCAAACCGCGUUUGCCUAUCCCGGUCAACAAAUUUGGGAGGAAUGGAUAUUUCAACGACUAUUAAAUUUCACGUGUGUAGCACAUGUCCCUGGGUUUCCUGAACAAAGAGCAUCUCGGUUGAUUGGACAAGCUGGUCCUCCUGUGGUGACUGGAUCAAGUCCAAUCUACGCUGCUUUGGGUACGAGCGUAGCAAUCGAAUGUGAUAUUCGGGGUUUGCCCAAACCAACCAAGGAAAAUAUACGUUGGCGAUUUCAGUUCGUCUCGGGUCCACCGAACGCCGAGGGCAAAUAUUUAUGGCACAACCACCACACACGUGAUACGUCCGCGGAACCGACCGGAUCCGAACAACCCAACCGGAUCCGAAACUCGCGGCGAACACCACGCGAUGAGGUGGACGACGAUCCAUCCGGGAAUCCACACAUGCACUGGCACGUGCAUCAAACGGAUGUCCCAUUGGGAUGGAUCAGUCACUUGCGAAUCGAAACGGUCGAGGCGAAACAUUAUGGUCUGUACAACUGUUCCGCGACAAGCCCGUUUGGAACCGGAUGGCAGUUGUUUGUCCUGAAUCAAGCCAUCGGUGACGGUUAUGCGGCAGGUGAAAUCACUACGGAAAACCUUGCUCAGAUAUUCACAAUACUCUUACUCAUCACCGGUGCAGCUGUUUUGGGUUAUCUAAUCUGGUAUCGGAAGCGCAUCAAAUUACGAUCCUCGUGUCAUCGAUUUUAUCCAAACGCUUCAGGCAAAGAACUAUCUUGCUUCCGGUUUCGACAACCGGGCCAGACAAAGAGAGUAACUUCAGACAGUGGAUUCUCGGCCGAUCCGAAAUCACUACACAUUGUCAACCGUUUUGAUCUGGACUUCAACUCAGGCACUUCCUGUAUUAUUCCCAACCCGAUGCUUUCCAAGUGUCAUCCGGAUGUCCAGUUGAAAUCUACACCAGAUACCUCAUCGCUCUCGCCGGAGUUUUUGACACGUAACAAUGAAUCAUGGCAACCCGAUAUACUUUAUAGAUCGCUCCUGGAUGAGGAUGAUGAUUCGGAGGAUGAUGAUGAUGAUGAUGAUGAUGAUGAUGAUGAUGAUGGUGAUGAUGACUCGCAUCAAGAUGACAAUAUUGCCUCUGAUGUUGAUGAUGGUAUCAGAAAAGCUUUUUUUAUAUUUCCACAUGAGCAUCAUCCGAGGCCCAUCUCCCGUGCAACAUGUUAUCGACAACCGGUAGAAAUGCCCAAUGUUUCAACAGCAUGUGCCCAAAUGAUCCAGUUGUCUGAGCCGGAUGCUGUGGAGGAUGCUGGCUGA